UUCCCGAUGUCCACAUCCCUCAGUUCCAUAUCUACUUUUGAUAGCGUUCGGAUAGACUAUUUCCUGUGUUCUUAUUAGUGGGACUUGUGCUUUUUUUUUUUUAAAAAAUAUGUCAAUUGGUUCGUAGGUAGAUCGUAUAUAUACCAAACAUUAUGCUACGGAACAGCUGUGUGGAACAUAACAAAAUGUUCACCUGAUUGACAAAAAGUAUCGGAGCAUUACAAUUGUUCACAAAAUUUUGCCUCGAAUCAUGCUAAUAGAGGGUCAACACCAUCUAAAUGCCAAGGGAGAUCAUUUCCUAUCACCGAAUCAACUCAAUUUGUCUCUGCACAAUAUUUUAGUGAAAGCAAUCUUGUACAUACUAGUUAUUGUUCUUGUGGUCUUAACCCCUGCUUUUGCUCAUUCGACCAGUAUUGGUUCUUUUAAAGCCGCUCCAACAAUCGGCAGGAAUGUAACUAAACCUACAACGCCAGAGAGAACCACUCCAUUCACAACUACACCGGCCGCACCUACGACUCGCAAGCCCCCACCGAAAGAGCUAACUAUUGGCUACAUCACCACCUUGAACAUAACGCGCAAACAUGGGCUUCCUUUGCCCGGGAGGCUUAUCUCAGGGGCUUUAACCUACGCCAUCGACGUCGUGAACAAUGAUUCGAACAUCCUGCCAGACACGGAGCUGAAGUUUGAGCUAGCCGAGAGCCACGGGGAGGAAAACAUAAGUCUGUGGCAGACUUCUGAGCUCAUCAAGAAAGGUGUGCACGCCAUUAUCGGCCCUGAAGGCACGUGUGUGCACGAGGCGAUGCUGGCAGGGGUCUACAACAUCCCGAUGAUAUCCUAUCACUGUACUGAUCCAGAGGUCAGCAAUAGAAAACGGUAUCCCACGUUUGCACGGACCAAACCCACAGACUCCCAGAUAUGCGGCAGCGUCGUGUCCAUACUGAAGAUGUUUAACUGGAACAAGGUGACCUUCAUUCACACCGAGGCUGAGAAGUACAACGUGACGGCCGUGACCUUGCAAAAGUUAAUGAAGGACCACAACAUCGCUAUUACAUCUGUCAUCUCUUACAGUGGACCGUACUUUCAUGGGCACAUGAGGAACCCUUUUGUUAAGAUCGUCGAACAGACGCGUGUUGACACCAGAAUUUACGUCAUGCUGGGAAUGGUCUACGACUUCCUGGGACUCAUGCACCACCUGCAGAACAUGGGGAUACUCAAUACAGGGGAUUACUUUGUAGUAGGCGUCACGUGGGACUCUUUCACGUCCGAGAAAUCGAAGGAGGUUCUUCAAGGAAUGUUUGAUACCAGCAUCACCAAUGAGACGGCCUUGGCAUUCAGACAUUUCUUUGGGGUAGUGCACACGCCCCCAAUGGACCCCAACUAUGCAGAGUUCAAGGCCACUGUGGAUGACUACCUUAAAGAACCUCCAUUCAGUGUACCCAAUGUGUAUGAAGAGAUGGAAAACAGAAGCGUGGGCAGAAAUAUACCACCCGAUGCUGCGUACCUGUAUGACGCUGUUCAGCUGUACGCUAAAGUUGCCCAUGACGUCAUUGAGGCCGGCGGUGACCCUGGUGAUGGUCGUUCCAUAAUCGAGAGAAUUGAAGGGAUAACCUACAAAAGCGCUUUCGGAUUUCUCAGCUAUAUUGAUAAAAACGGAGACGCCCAUGGAAACUACUCUGUCAUCGUCAGCAAACAUAACGAGGAGACGGGCUGGGGAAUGUACCCGGUCGGGACGUUCAGGCUUCAGCCCGACAGCGACGAUUUACCGACAUUUCACUUCGAGAAAGGGGAGCAAAUUCAUUGGAUUAAUGGAGCGCCGCCCUUAGCUGAACCUGUCUGUGGGUUUCGACGUGAGAAAUGUCAGGUGCCCAAAACGUAUACGUUUGAAAUAGCCGGAGCGGUGGCUGGCGGGGUGCUGUUCAUCAUUGCCAUAGUUGCUUACAUAUUUUAUAGUAACUGGAGAUAUGAACAGGAACUAGCUGGUCUCUUAUGGAAGAUUGACUUGUACAAAGACAUAAUACUGACCACUGACCCUUACUAUAACCUCGGUACUCAGAACAAUAAUGCUAAUUCUAACUGCAAGCCCAAUCUCCACAAGUCCACCAGCCAGUCCUCACUGAUCUCCAUCUCUGACAUAGACAUGCGUCAACUGUUUACUCACGUUGGAAUCUACAAAGGCUCGGUAGUGGCCACCAAAAAGGUCAACAAAACUCACAUCGAGCUGACCAGAAGUAUAAAAAAAGAACUGAAAACAGUCCGUGAAUUACGUCACGACAAUGUGAACCCAUUCAUCGGCGCCUGUGUAGAGCCGCCCAAUAUUUACAUCGUGACUGGCUAUUGCAGCAAAGGUAGUCUCCAGGACAUUCUUGAAAAUGAAGACAUUCUGUUAGACUCGAUGUUUAUUGCAUCCCUUGUGUUCGACAUCAUAAAAGGCAUGACCUACAUUCACGCCUCUGAACUGAUCUCACACGGCAAGCUGAAGUCCUCCAACUGCGUGGUAGACAGCCGCUGGGUCCUGAAGAUCACGGAUUACGGUCUGCACGAGUUCACCUCUGGGGAGGUGCCGCUCCUGGGGGAGUACGCCCUUUAUCGAAACAUGUUGUGGAGAGCCCCAGAACUCAUCAGAAACAAACAUUCCCUUGGUCGAGGUACUCAGGAAGGUGACGUCUACUCCUUCGGCAUCAUCCUGUUUGAGAUCCACUCUAGAAACGGCCCUUACGGUGCAUGCGAACUCACGCCGAAAGAGAUAAUUGAACGCGUCAUCACAAGAGACGAAAAUGGACACCCGUUCCGGCCUCGACUUUCUGAGAUCAGCUCCACGCCUAAGUUUACCACUGACGUCAUUAAAGAAUGCUGGGACGAGGACCCCUUACAGCGGCCAAGUUUUAAAGAAUUAAGAACCAAACUCAAACCUAUGCAAAAGGGAAUGAAGUCAAGUAUUUUUGACAACAUGAUGGCUAUAAUGGAGAAGUACGCCAGCAACCUGGAAAGUCUUGUCCAGUCACGGACGGAUGAACUGAUAGAGGAGAAAAAGAAAACAGAAGAGCUGCUACAAGACAUGCUUCCAGGGACAGUCGCUGAGCAGCUCAUGCAUGGAAAGCAGGUGGAGGCCGAGAGUUUUGACAUGGUCACUAUUUUCUUCAGUGAUAUUUGUGGCUUUACAACUUUGAGCUCAGAAAGUUCACCUAUGCAGAUUGUCGACAUGCUGAAUGAUUUGUACACUCUGUUUGAUUGUAUCAUUGAGUUCUAUGACGUGUACAAGGUGGAAACAAUCGGGGACGCUUAUAUGGUCGUGAGUGGUCUGCCCAAGAGAAAUGGCUACAAACAUGCAGGGGAGAUAGCUUCAAUGGCUUUACAUUUGCUAGAGGAUCUGAAAGAGUUUAAAAUUCCUCACCGCCCAAACGAUCAGAUCAAGCUAAGGAUAGGAAUACAUUCUGGACCCGUGGUGGCUGGAGUCGUUGGCAGGAAAAUGCCUCGAUAUUGUUUGUUUGGUGAUACGGUAAAUGUGGCGUCCAGGAUGGAAAGCAAUAGUCAAGCUCUAAAAAUCCACAUAUCAGAACCGACAAUGAAUCUCUUGGUUCAAAUUGGAGGAUUUGAGUUGGAAGAAAGAGGAAAUAUUGACAUUAAGGGGAAAGGACUCAUGAAAACUUACUGGCUGACUGGUGAGGACUGCAGCAGACGAAAACAAAGAGUGCAACGGGGUAUCGCCAGGCUGGAGAAAAUCGGCUCAGUCAGGAGGCGUACAAAGCUGGAAAAACCUUUGACGCCCAAGUAUGGAUUCAGGUCAGAGAACUCCCCGCAGCAUCAAUCCAUGUCGCCUAGUCUCAGCGGGGGGAACUAUAACCUCCCGAUGGACUCUCCAGCCAACAGCCGGCAGGGCAACUAUCUCCAUCCGUACACCAUUCUUGUUGGGCCAACAAGCGACGAGCUGAUACGAAGAUCCUCCUCGAGGAGGAGGAGGUUGAAAUUCGCCAUCGGCAGCGAGGACUCCGAGAAGGAAAAUUCUGUAAGUGUGGACGAAAGUUUCGAGCCUUUCCAUUUCAGUGAAGUGCCCAUGCCGACCAUCAUAAGGUCAAAGACUGACCAGGACUACAACUCUGGCAGCGACUGCGACCUGUGCCGAGACAAAAGCGAGGUCUCCAGCAUCAGUAACUGCUCAUUACGGGACAAUGAUGAAGUGUUCUUGAACAAUUUCCCCAAGAACGACAACCUUUCAAAUACUGACACUUCUUGUCCACAGCCUAGAAGCAUCUCUCUGACUCAAUCUAUGCCGUCUAUACCAUCCUCCUGUAAAGUUAAAGCACCGAUUGUCAGGAUAGAGUCUCUCGACCUGGACAAUCCAGAUUCCCCAUCUAAAAUGAAGAGCACCAGGCCAAAGGCAACACUCUGCAAAAACAAAAUGGGGAAGAAAGUUAAAAGACACUCAAUAGAACCCAACAAUGUUAAGGUUGACAGUGCAAGCAAACAAUAUUCUCCUUACGUCAACUAUGAAAAAGACUCUAUUCGCGAAAAAGAUGAAACAGAACUUUCAGAGUGCACAAACCGUCCGAACCAUCAAAAUGAAAGCUUGAAAAACAUAAAGCCCAUAAAUGGGCUUAGUCAUGGCUUCCCAAACCCAGCCCUAGCCAAUCAUAGAGUGUCUCCGUACAUUGACCCUCCCGACCCAUUUUGUUUCGACGGAAUGGAAGAAGAAAUCUGCGAGUAUGGGAUGUCGAAUCAAGAGUCGUUUCCCUUUAUAGACUCGCUUUCAGGUGACACGGUCUACAACACAGAGGUGGAGGUCUUGCUGCAUAAAAACAGAAAAUUUGGCAGCAUAGAAAAGAAGCAAUCCAAAACAGGGAAUAAUUUCGAUUCUUCUGAGCGAGCUCAACAUGAGAUGACUCCACUGUUAUCCCACGCUGAACGCGCUGUCAACUCCGUAGUAUCUGAAGGGUAUGAAGAUAAUGAGCCAAUUUAAAUAUUCCUUUUAUCAAAUUAUACUUACGACAUUGAAUUAAAGACAUGAUUAAUUGUUUAUAUUUAGCGUCUUCAAAACAGUAACACAGAGAAUACAUUCUACAAAUACACAUACUUAAAAGUGUUUUCAAAGAUACAAUGUUAAUCAAAGAAGUAUUUUUCAACUCAGGCAGUUCCUACUGUGAGUUUAAGUUUCCUGCUCUAUUUUAAACCAGCCAUUUAUUUAUUUGCCUGGAAAACGAAAAUUUUAAAUUAAAUAUUGACAAUCAGUUCUCUGUUUUCUACUUUCACAUUUUGUUCAAGAGUAGGUGACCUUGAUAAAAAGUGUUACUAUUGACGAAUAGAUUAGUUUAAGGGUGCAAAAACAUAUUGGUGGUAUUGAAACAUAUCGGUUGUAUUGAAACAUAUUGAUGGUAUUGAAACAGCUUUUACAUUUCGCAAGUAUUUUGUAAAAAAAAAUAAUGUAUUGCUACUUAAGUUCCAUCUGAAGCGAAGAUCAGUAAACCAAAGUUUAAGUGUCUUGUCAGACAACCGGUGUUGAGGGUGGGCAGGACUCGCAUCUAUUAUACCUAGCCCUAUACAUACUUGGAUAGACAUUAGUCCUUAUUCUAUAACUCCAUCCACCAUUACAAAAAGCCUCAAAAUAGCAAAUGAAUAAAUUGUUUUUAACUUUUUGUUAACAACCAAUUGCAAAAGUCGGUGAAAGGAACUUACAACAUUUUUUUUCUUUAUUCAUACAAUAUGCAACUUACUUCUUUAUAAAGGGAACAAGGCUGUCUUUAAUUUCUUUUUUUAAUGUUCUUUUUUCAUCCUUUUUCUAUUUGCCUGCCUUUUUUAUGUGAUGUCUGGGUUGGUCCAUGUCUUCUCCCCUGCCCCUAUAUACAGCUCCAGGCAUUGGGAUAUUAGUUCAUUAAAUGAGCCUCAUUACUGGUGUACAUCUGUUGUAUUGGUAAGGCAUAAAGCACUCAAGACUGUGUUUAACUCUAGUUCAAGCUUUUAACACUGGUUCCAAGUCCUGUUUAACGCUGGUUGAACUUCUUAAAAUUGAUUCUAACGAGACUGCUUGUUCACUUAAAACAAAAAAAAAAUUGUAAAAGUAAAAUACUCUUUAAUUUUGGUCACCCUUUACUAGCUUGAAUAUUGUAAGUGGACCAUAAAAUAAUUGUACUAAUGUGUUAAACGACUAUAGAUUAACCUAGAUUGUAUAUAUAUAUUUUUUUUCAUGUACAGGUAAAUAGUAUGCAUAUCACUUGUACAUUUUGGUGUAAAUAUUCCAUAUAAAGUGAAACUGUGUACAUAUGUGUACAUACAUGUCUUUGACUUAUAGGUUGUGACAAACUAGCUACCAUUCUCCCAUGAUCCAUUCAUUACCUCUGUAAGUACUGUACAUGGAAUAAACCAAUAAACCAU